GUGUGUGCGCGUGUGUGUUUGCUCGAGCUGUGAAUUCGGCAGCAGCAGAAUGUACCAUUUUACUCCAUUGUAAGGGGGAAGGAGUAAGGUAUUUAAGGGAGAUUUACUGUGUCUCCUCUGUGUCCCCCUCGGUUCGAAGCACAUGGUUCUUUCCGCUUUCCAACCAAACGACAGUAAACAGUGCUCUCAGCCACCGUAUCCUCACCCCUUCUCUCUCCUCCCUACCCCUGUUGCGUGAUUAGUGGGGAAGUCUUGUAUUUGGGAUAACUGACAGACAGAUCCAAACCUGAAGCUUCCCACAGCAGCUGGAUCUCUGUCUCUCUUAUUCUCUCUCUCUGCCUGUCAGCUUACCUCUGGUGGUGUGUAUCAGACACGCCCCCUCCUCUCGCUCUCUCUCUCUUUCUCUCUCUCUCUCUCUCUCUCUGUCUCUCUCUCUCUCUCUCCUAUCUAUCUAUAUCUCCCUGUUUCUAUCCACACACAAACACACAGUCCAAACAUCAGAUGCAGAGUUCCGGGGAGUGGGGCUCUGAAUGUAGAUCAGGACCAGUUCAUAUGUGGUGGUGGUUGUAGCUGGAGGCAUAGAGGACUAGUGGCUACACCUCUCUCUUUCUCUCUUCUUUCCUUCCUCCUCCUCUGCUUUCCCGCAGAGUUGUGGGAGCAGACGGCUCGGCUCCAACGUCUUCCUGCUCUCGGGGGAAAGUCACCCGCUGGGAAUCAAUUUAUUUUAACCCUUCGCUGGCGCUACUGCUCUUUGGGACUCUGGGAGUCUUUGGGGGAAUUUUAAAGGAGGUUUGGGUUGAUUUUGUCUGGAAUCACUGUAGUAGGAGGUAGCAGGCAGCCAUGGCGCACGCCGCUGCCCACAUUAAGAAGUCCAGAGUGGAGCUGGUGGAGCAGCAGGGUCCUGACCUGAAGGCUCUGGAGAAAGCCCGUCAGAGGAGGAUACGUUCCCGGGAACGGGCCGAGCGCAAACGCAAGUCGGACAGCAACACCAGCUUCCUGCGAGCGGCGAGGGCGGGGAACAUCGACAAGGUUCUGGAGUACCUGAAGGGUGGAGUGAACAUCAGCACCUGCAAUCAGAAUGGGCUCAACGCUUUGCACCUGGCAGCUAAGGAGGGCCAUGUGGAGCUGGUCCAGGAGCUGCUGGAGAGAGGCUCUGCUGUGGACUCGUCCACCAAGAAAGGGAACACAGCCCUCCACAUUGCCUCUCUGGCCGGACAGGCAGACGUAGUGAAGAUGCUGGUGAAGCAGGGAGCAGAAAUUAACUCUCAGUCUCAGAAUGGCUUCACUCCUCUGUACAUGGCUUCUCAGGAGAACCAUAUAGAUGUGGUACGUUACCUUCUGGAGAACGGAGGUAACCAGAGCACCGCCACGGAGGAUGGAUUCACCCCCCUGGCCAUCGCCCUCCAGCAGGGCCACAACCAGGUGGUGUCCGUCCUGCUGGAGAACGACACCAAGGGCAAGGUGCGGCUGCCCGCCCUGCACAUCGCCGCCCGCAAGGACGACACCAAGUCUGCAGCGCUGCUCCUCCAGAACGACCACAACGCCGACGUCCAGUCCAAGAUGAUGGUCAAUAGAACUACGGAGAGUGGAUUCACGCCACUGCAUAUCGCUGCCCACUAUGGAAACGUGAACGUGUCCACAUUACUGCUGAACCGUGGGGCGGCUGUGGACUUCACAGCCAGGAAUGGGAUCACUCCCCUCCACGUGGCCUCCAAGCGUGGUAACACUAACAUGGUGCGCCUCCUACUGGACAGGGGGUCUCAGAUCGACGCUAAGACUAGGGACGGCCUCACACCUCUACACUGUGCAGCCAGGAGUGGACAUGACCCAGCAGUGGAGCUACUGCUGGAGAGAGGAGCACCUUUGCUGGCCAGGACCAAGAACGGUCUGUCUCCUCUCCACAUGUCGUCUCAGGGUGACCACGUUGAAUGUGUCAAGCACCUGCUGCAGCACAAGGCGCCUGUUGAUGACGUCACACUGGACUACCUGACUGCUCUGCAUGUCGCCGCCCACUGCGGUCACUACAGAGUCACCAAGCUGCUGCUGGACAAGAGGGCCAACCCCAACGCUAGAGCACUGAAUGGUUUCACCCCGCUGCACAUUGCCUGUAAGAAGAACCGAGUGAAGGUAAUGGAGCUGCUGGUCAAGUAUGGAGCAUCUAUCCAGGCCAUCACAGAGUCUGGCCUGACUCCCGUUCACGUAGCAGCUUUCAUGGGUCACCUCAACAUCGUCCUGCUGCUGCUACAGAACGGAGCCUCGCCUGACGUUAGCAACAUUCGUGGGGAGACUGCUCUACACAUGGCAUCCAGGGCAGGACAGGUGGAGGUGGUGCGCUGUCUGCUGAGGAACGGAGCCAUGGUGGACGCUAGAGCCAGGGAGGACCAGACACCCCUCCACAUCGCGUCUCGCCUGGGGAAGACUGAGAUAGUCCAGUUGCUACUGCAGCAUAUGGCCCACCCUGACGCCUCCACUACUAACGGAUACACACCUCUCCACAUCUCAGCCAGGGAGGGACAGGUGGACGUGGCUUCAGUACUACUGGAGGCGGGCGCCUCACACUCGCUGGCUACUAAGAAAGGAUUCACUCCCCUGCAUGUGGCAUCCAAGUACGGAAGCCUGGAUGUGGUCAAACUUCUCCUGAAAAAAACAGCUCCCCCUGAUUCUGCUGGGAAGCCUGGUUUUAUCCAACCUGCACUCACCUCGUCAUCCUUGCAGAACGGCCUCACACCUCUCCAUGUCGCUGCACAUUAUGAUAACCAGAAGGUGGCGCUCCUGCUUUUGGACAAAGGGGCCUCCCCCCACACCACGGCCAAGAACGGCUACACCCCACUCCACAUUGCGGCGAAGAAGAACCAGAUGGACAUUGCGGUGGUGCUGCUGCAGUACGGGGCAGACACCACCAUCCUGACCAAGCAGGGGGUCACCCCUCUGCACCUGGCCUCACAGGAGGGGCACGCUGACAUGGCCACCCUGCUCAUCCAGAAGGGGACUGAAGUCAACGUCUCCACCAAGAGUGGCCUCACCUCCCUCCAUCUUGCUGCCCAGGAGGACAAGGUGGUUGUCAGUGAGAUACUGGCUACACAUGGAGCCAACCUGGACCAGCAAACGAAGUUGGGCUACACUCCACUGAUUGUAGCGUGUCACUAUGGAAACGCCAAGAUGGUCAACUUCCUCUUACAGAACGGUGCUAGCGUCAACGCCAAAACCAAGAAUGGAUACACUCCCCUCCACCAAGCAGCACAGCAAGGAAACACACACAUCAUCAAUCUACUGCUGCAGAAUGGAGCUAAGCCCAACAACAUCACUGUGAAUGGUAACACAGCUCUGGCCAUCGCCCGGCGACUGGGCUACAUCUCUGUGGUGGACACACUCAAGGUGGUCACCGAGGAGAUUAUUACCUCGACAACCACGGUGACAGAGAAACACAAGAUGAACGUUCCUGAGACCAUGACUGAAGUCCUGGAUGUCUCUGAUGAGGAGGGCCUGCAGACUGUACCCACAGGGCUGAAACAGAAUGAGGAUGCUGUUCUGUCAGAUGACUCCAUGGAUUUAGAAGGUGAUGACACUAUGACAGGGGACGGAGGGGAGUAUCUGAGGGCAGAGGACCUGAGGGAGCUGGGGGAUGACUCCCUGCCUGGACAGUACCUGGAUGGGAUGAACUACCUGCGCUUUAGCCUGGAGGGGGGACGCUCUGACAGUUCGGACAGGUCCUACACUCCCAGUCACCACGGUUACUACUCUCCCAAACAGGACAGCCUGAUGGACGAGAUGUUAACCGGCCAAAACGUGUCGUCUCUUUCCAGGGAAAAUGAGAAGGACUCGUACCGUCUGAGCUGGGGCACAGAAAACCUGGACAAUGUGGCACUGUCUUCCAGCCCCGUCCACUCUGGACGUUCCUCUCCGUGCCAUGAUCAUGGCGACAGCAGCUUCCUGGUUAGCUUCAUGGUUGACGCCAGGGGCGGAGCCAUGCGGGGUUGCCGCCACAACGGCCUGCGCAUCAUCAUCCCACCGCGGAAGUGCAGCGCUCCCACGCGGGUGACCUGCCGGCUGGUAAAGAGGCACCGCCUGGCCACCAUGCCUCCCAUGGUGGAGGGAGAGGGCCUGGCCAGCAGGCUGAUCGAGGUGGGGCCUGUCGGAGCCCAGUUCCUCGGUAAACUACACCUUCCCACUGCCCCGCCCCCUCUUAACGAGGGCGAGAGCCUCGUUAGCCGCAUCCUGCAGCUCGGGCCACCCGGGACAAAAUUCCUCGGGCCUGUGCUGGUGGAGAUCCCUCACUUCGCUGCCCUGAGGGGGAAGGAGAGGGAGCUGGUGAUCUUACGCAGUGAGACAGGAGAGAGCUGGAAGGAGCACCACUGUGAACACACCGGGGAGGAACUUAACCAGAUCCUCAACGGCAUGGACGAGGAACUGGACCCUCCAGAGGAGCUGGAGAAGAAGCGUAUCUGCCGCAUCAUCACCAGGGACUUCCCCCAGUACUUUGCGGUGGUGUCCCGGGUCAAGCAGGACAGUAGCCUGAUCGGUCCAGAGGGGGGCGUCCUGAGCAGCACGGUGAUGCCUCAGGUCCAAGCUGUCUUCCCAGAGGGAGCCCUCACCAAGCGGAUCAGAGUGGGACUCCAGGCUCAGCCAAUGAAUGUGGACAUGGUGAGGAAGCUCCUGGGAAACAAGGCGACAUUCAGCCCCAUUGUGACCUUGGAGCCCCGGAGGAGGAAAUUCCAUAAACCCAUAACCAUGACCAUCCCUAUCCCCAAGAGUAACACUGACCCUGUGGUCAAUGGCUUCGGCGGGGACCAGCCCACCCUGCGCCUGCUUUGUAGUAUCACAGGUGGAACGACGCCAGCGCAAUGGGAGGACAUUACAGGAACCACUCCCCUAACGUUCAUCAACGAUUGUGUCUCCUUCACGACCAACGUGUCGGCCAGGUUCUGGCUGAUAGACUGUCGGCAUGCGCAGGAGUCGGUCAGUUUCUCCACUUCAGUCUACAGGGAGACCAUCUGCGUUCCCUACAUGGCCAAGUUCGUUAUCUUCGCAAAGACCCAUGACCCCAUAGAGGCACGGCUCCGCUGCUUCUGCAUGACGGACGACAAGAUGGACAAAACCUUGGAACAGCAGGAGAACUUCACUGAGGUGGCCAGAAGCAGAGAUGUAGAGGUCCUAGAGGGCAAACCCAUUUAUGCAGACUGCUUCGGCAACCUGGUCCCUCUCACCAAGAGUGGCCAGCACCAUCUCUUCAGCUUCUUUGCUUUCAAAGAGAACAGGCUGGCACUCUUCAUCAAGAUCCGAGACAACACUCAGGAUCCGUGUGGCCGUCUGUCCUUUAUGAAAGAACCCCGGUCUUAUAGAAGUCUGGCCCACAAUGCUAUAUGCAACCUGAACAUCACACUACCAUCCUACUCAAAGGAAUCUGAUUCAGACCAAGAGGCUGAGGAAGAGAUCAACAGGACGCUUGAGAAAUAUGACGAAGACAUUACGUCGACGACAGUCCAGAAAAGAGAUCCGGACCUUCUCUCCGAUGUGUCUGAGCUGAAACAAGACCUGAUCAAAAUGACCGCUAUCCUAACCACGGAUUCCACUGACAAAUCCAGUUCUCUGGAAGGGAGCGGUCUGGAGAAAGGGGCUGAGGAGGUUCAGGGCGAGCCGUUUGAAAUCAUGGAGAAGGUCAAAGAGGAUUUGGAGAAAGUGGGCAAGAUACUCAGGAGUGGAACAUUGGAGGGUGAGGUAGCAGAGGGGGCAGCAAUAGCAGCCGGAAUGAAUGAAGAGUGGAUCCUCCUCUCAGACUGUGAGAUAGAGGAGGCCAAAAAGAUGUCUUCCUUAGAACCCCAGGAACCUAUUCUACAUGAAGUCCGAGUCAACAGAGGGAUUCCCAGACCUAAAGCCAUCAAAGACGUGUCUGGCAUGAACACACACCUGACUGGUGAACGCAAAGAAUAUCUCCUGGAUGUACCUGAGGGCUCCAGUGCAGCAGCUCAGGAGGAUGUGGUCCAAGAGAAAUUCACAGAGGUCGUCCUGCGCAAAGGCGUGAAAAGAACCACAACGACAAUAACAACAACAGCUACAAUCAAAACUCCUGCUGUUGAACUCAAAAAGCCAGUCAGGAGGAAAGGAAAAGACCAUGAACAGGCGGAGGAAUCUACCUAUGGGGAUGCUCUCCUAAGUGCACCCACAGACCGUAAACCAGUGUCACCUGUGUCCCCAGUAGUUGAGGAGACCCCCAUUGGGUCCAUAAAAGACAAAGUCAAAGCCCUUCAGCAGAAAGUGGAGGCAGAGCAGAAGGGUCAAAAGCCAACUCGCACCAAACCCUCAAAGGUUGCAGUGGAGAGCAAAAUCCCUCAAAGGACCGAAGAAACCACCCUUAAAUUGAAACAGAGCCCUGCAAAACAGGACACCGCUAAACAGGGCCACCCUAAGUUCCCCAAAACUGAGACUGAGAAGCUGCAGGAGACUAUGUCAGUAAGGGAGCUCAUGCGAUCCUUCCAAAAGGGGCUGGACCCCUCAAAGAAAAAGUCUGGACUUUUCGAACUCAAAACCCACACCUCUACAGAGCAUGAAACAACAGAAUCAGAAUUACAGCCCAAACAGUCAAAAUCCACUAUCAAAGCCACCACAAUCCGUUACGAACGGGAAGUAUCACUGGACGCCAUUCCUGACGAGCACCACAGAGCCAAAGAUGAGCAAAUUAGCCCACAUAGAAAGCACUCCAAAGACUUUGGUGCUGAAAUUAAAGCAGAGCUUGAGGACAAUCCAGAGUACCAACAGUUUAAGCAGACCUCUGUAGACGGUAGUCCUGCUGCCCAGUCAGACCUAACUGAAACCGUAGAGUUUCUGAAUAUUUCCCUCUAUGAUAGCUCUGAUAGUUUGAAACAUGAGAGCGUGGCAGACUCUCCCAGUGUCAGCCUGGGUGAUGGUAGUCCUCCUCACCUUAGCUCAGAGGAUAGCCUUAAACACGAGGGCUUAGCCACCCCUGGAACAAGCCCUGACAGUCUCUCCCUCUCUCCAAAAAAUGCUGACCAGUCCACUAAAAACUCAACAGCUGCUACUAUAGCUGUCAAAGGUGACAAUAAAAUCAAGGACAAGUCUGGAGACUCCGGUGUGGGGACCACUGAUGACCAGCCAUCAACGGAAAUUACCCUUCCUGUCUCUCCCAGUGAGGCUGCAGACGACCGCACCACGAGUGAGUCCAUAUAUUUUCAGACGGGCGAGUCUAAGCCAUCUAAAACGAGAAAGCUUACAAAUAGAGUUUCAGAGACUUUAGAGAGCUUCCUUAGGGAUGAGGAGAGCCCUGUUGACAAGCUAGCAUCAGCUGUAGCUAUGACCCUUGCUUCUAGUUCCUCUACCCAGCAUCAAGGAAGCUUAGAAUUGCCUUUAAAAGACCCAGAUACCCUCAGUCCCUUAGCCGACGAAUCUUUGACCAUAAGCCACAGAGACUCUCUAGACGAGGAUAGUCCCCUCAUGGAAGACGACUCCUCCCAUAGGACCCCAGACUCCAUCGAGCCCAGCCCAACAAAGGAAUCCCCCUGUUGUGACUCCUUAGAAAGCAGCCCUGUAGAGCAGAAAACGUUCCCUCCUGUUCUAGAUCAGCCCAGUGGGUCCUCUAGACACCCAGAACCCACCAAAGCCUCAGACUUCCCCCCAGACGUGUUGCGUAGUAGGCUACGCAGGGACCAGGAGGCUAGUGCCAACGAUGAUGACAGUAUCGAGCAGACUUCGUCCCAGAUGGAAAGUUCUGCAGGUGUGCAUGAAGGAAUCCACCACACAGAAGCCAAGAGCACAGCUACAAUGGUAGCAGUGGAGGGACCUCAAUCUGUCUCAGAGCAGCAUGUCCCACAAUCAGUUCAGUCACGCAAAGACAUGGAUGACAUGGAAGACAGUUUAGCUAAAACGGUUACCGUGUCUUCUAGCUCUGAGGGGGCUGCAAACAUAACCGAUGAGCAGAAGGAGGAAAGUUUGAGGAAAUCAAGGGAAAGCCAGGAGGAUGAUCGGGGAGGGAAAGAAGCAGAUGCAGGCAGUCUGCAGACAGCUGCUGUAAAAGCUCCCUGUCAAAUAGAGAGUAAUAUAACUGACGAAGUGAAAGGAGAUCACAGGAGGCACUCAGGAGCCCCUGAGGUAGAAACGUCCUCCACUGCCGUCAUUGGACAAGUGAGGGAAACAUUCAAACCCGAGAUCUGUAUCUACGAUGACACAGAGGAAGACGAUGAGGAAGAGGAACCUCCCAGAACCGAGUCAAAGGGCGUAACCGCCAGAGCAGAGGCAGACCCUUGGAGUGCCAUGCGCGAAGACGAUGAUGCUUUUGCAGCCCGCGUCAAAGAGGAAGAACAGAAGAUCUUGGGUCUGAUUGUAGACCGGCCGUCCCAGGGGGAAACCCCGGACACCACCCCAGGAAGGAGCCCCACGGAGGAAAGCACGCCAACCAGCGAGCCCAAUCCAUUCCUCUUCCAAGAGGGGAAGCUCUUUGAGAUGACUCGGAGCGGAGCUAUUGACAUGACCAAAAGGAGCUAUGAGGACGAGGGCUUUGCCUUCUUCCAGAUAGGCGAGCAGCCCCUAGAGGAGGCGCUAGCUAAACAUGUCAAAGAUGAGCCAGGAGAUAGAGGAGUCCAAACAGAAAGUGAAAUCGGACUCAACCUGACUCUGCAAAUAAAAGUGGAGGAAGACGAGGAACAGGCGAAAGAUGCUUCAGAUCCCACACACCUUGCCUCGACAGAGGACGAUCAGAAAGGCAGUGAAGCUGCAGCAGCCUCCCCCUCAAAAUCAGAUGCCUCUAAGUCUAGAAUCCCUAGAAUGGGUCUUUCUGCCUCAGCUAAGACCACUAAGAAAGACAAAGACCCAGUAUCACCAGAGUCUCCUGAAACUGUAGAGGUGAAACCAGACAUAAUUGUAGAGGAGACCCCCCUAGAGGUAGAAGCUAGUUCCCUCAAUCCAAUGAUAACAGAUGUUGAGACAGCAGUAACCACUGUCACUCGAUCAGUGUACCCAGAACAGGACCAAGAGUCCUCUGACUCCUCUCCAGAGGAGCAGCAUUCGGUCAUAGAACUCCCCCAAACCACAGAAAAGACCAAAACCCCAACUUCUACUGAAAAGGUUCCAAAGAUCCCAACUAAAACACCAGCCAAGGCUGGCCCCCAAAGUCAGAUUAAAACUGCUUCCUCCUUUACAUCCCCUGCAUCCCCCUCUUCAGCUAGUCCUAAAAAAGAGACUCCUGCUUUAGAGUCCAAAUCGAGAAUACCUGUCAAGGGCAAGGCUAGCCCUGUCAAGCCUGAGCCAUCAGUUAAACGUACUGAGUCAUCCCAGGACGCAAAGCUCAAGGUCCCAGUAAAAAAGGACUUGAGGAGAAAGUCUGAGACAGAUACAGGUCCCUCUGCUGUACCCAAAACCAAGACGUCGUCUUCCAAAGCCAAGAGCUUCUGUGAGGCAGACAAGUCAUCAUCUAAAAAGGACCUGGGUCGUCCCAUGAGCGAUGACUACUCCACCAAGACAAAGUCGGGCUUUGGUUUCCAAUCUAGGCUGCCAGUUAGAGGCAAGCUUGGUCAGACAUCUCACACUUCCACCCCCACCAAAGACGAAAGCGAGACGUGCAAGAAGUCUAUAGAGUUUGUUGAUAAGAUUAGCGACAAAGUUACAAAGCUAGUUGAGAGAUUUCCUCAGGACGAGAAAAACAAAGAGCAGGAGGCUGCUGUCUCGAAUGAUGAGAGCAGCGGCAUAGACCCUUCUGUCAUAGAGAGAGAGACUUUUCCCGAAAUACAGUUCCCUGCUUCCGGAGAUGUCUAUCCCAUUAGACCCCUGUGGGAUGACCCUGUUGACACGCAGAUGCAACGGAUUCCCGACGAUACAAUCAGAAGUCAAGUAGAUUCCCAGCAUGAAGCCGAGAGGAAAGAGGAACGGUUGGAAAUAAUAGCCGACCACCUGGGCUUCAGUUGGACGGAGCUGGCUCGAGAACUGGAGUUCAGUGAGGAGAAAGUCAAUCUAAUAAGGCUUGAGAACCCCAAUUCACUACAGGACCAAAGCCACGCCCUGCUGAAGCUCUGGACUGGCAGGGAGGGUAAAAAUGUCACAGAAACAUCACUGAUCAAAAGACUAACCAAAAUCAACAGAAUGGACAUUGUCCACCUCAUCGAAACCAAGAUGGUCAAGUCCACCCAGGAGGACACAUCACACAGCUAUGCAGAGAUUGAGAGGACCAUUGCACUGGAUCACAGUGAAGGUUUCUCUGCCCUCCAAGAGGACAUAGACAGUCCGCGGCCAGGCAGGCGUACAGACAGCACCCCCAGUGGGCCAGGGUCCAGGCAGGGGCCCCUCGUGGUGUCAGAGGAGAACCUCUCCUCCAGCAUUUCAUCACAUCACGAGACUUCAGGGCGGGUGGAGACAGACGAAUCAGUAACAGGCCUCCUGAGACACGUCCAGAAGGAGAAGCUGCAGAAAGAGAUGGAUUCGACACAUCCUGUGGGCGGUACAUCAGAUACUGGACCGGAGAAGGCUGAGUCACUACAUAUGGGCACUUUCAAACAAGAGAUAAAUGAGGAGCUAGGGUUGCUGUCAUCGGAUAACUCAGAGGAAGAGGUGUUAACCUCCAGGGUGGUCCGACGCAGAGUUAUCAUCCAGGCGGAUGACCUGCCAGACAUCCCUCCCCAGACAGUUACAGAAGAACAGUACAUGGAUGAGCAAGGAAACAUGGUAGUCAAGAAGAUCACACGGAAGGUGAUCCGUAAGUACUUCUCUCCAGACGGUGUGGAGAGAGAGGAGGUGACGGUGCAGGGAUCUCAGCAGGAGAUGGUCAGCGUGGAGGAAGGAGACGGCUUCUCCAAGGUGGUGAAGAGGACAGUGGUCCGGAGUGAGGGAGAUCAGACUGAGUUGACCUUUUCGGAGCCCCUUGCCCUGGGGGCCACCACGACCUCGGAGAUCGAGUCAGAGCAGGCGGAGGGUCGAAAGGUCAGCAAGGUGGUCAAGACGACGGUGGUGAGGGGCGAGAGGAUGGAGAAGGAGACGGGUGACCCCUCGCUGGCCGCAGACCUCCCCUCGGCCAAACAGGACUUUGAGAAGGCAUUGAGUUAUGCUGGAGGCUUUGGGAAAAUUCAACUUCCCCAUUUAGUAGAAAAAGAGGUUGUGAAGGAGGACGGUUCUGUUGUCAAAAGAACCCAGAUGCGUAAGUCUCGUACCCAGAAGAGGACUGUGGCGAUGGAUGCCCAGGGUAAGCAUGUGCACCUGGAGCGGCUGGACGACACCCCAGAGACCCUGCAACCCGAUGCCCUUCAGCAACACCUGCACUUGCUGCUCCAACGCUAUUGCGACAAGGAGGAGGAGGGAGGAGAGAAGGAGAAAGAGGAGGAGAGGAGAAAGAAGAAGUGAUGGGCUUUUUUGAUUUGCUGGCUGAGUUGUGUGUCUUCCCUUUUGGCCUCGUCCCCAAUGCUACAUAAGCCUCCUAUCCACAAAAAACCCAUGAAGUCUUGUAAGCUAUUCUCUACCACAACUCUGACCCCUCGAUGACCCCUAACGACCCUUAACCUUUACCAGCCAGACUUCCCCUGCUAAAGACACUGGAUUACGUUUUUGGUUUAAAUUUUUGUUUUUCCCUUUUAGUGGCAAAUAAUGAAACAGUUUAUUAUUUUAUUUUUUUGCUUUUGACUUGUUUCCAGUUUUUUUUUGCUCAUUUUGUGACCAAAGAUGGCACCCACUUUCUCGUCGGGUGACUUAGAAUAUAUAUUUUUUGUCAUUAUCCUUUUGUUUGGUUCUUGUAGUUUUUGGCUGCUGUGGUACAAUAAAAAAGAACAACACAAAAAAAAUGCAACGAAUGAAAACAGCUACAGGAAAUGUAUGAAGAGGGUGCACCUCGCACGUUCGCCUCAUGCAGAGGCCUCUUUCUGAAAGAACGAUUGUAAACAUUUGUAAAUAGAGAAGACUGGUAGAAAACAAAACAAACAGCCAUUCAAAAGCAUUUGUUACAUUUGUCCCACGGUACCUGCUGUACACGUACGUGUACCAAUCUGUUCUGUGGUCAAGGGUGAAGGGUCUUGACCCUUUUCAUCCGACUAUCAAGAGAUUGUUACAUAGGAGUCCGUUGUCAUCAACAGUUUUGGAGAGAUACUGUUUUAAAGGAGUGAAUGCCAUAGUCUUUCAUCAAGGACUUUUGAAUCAGAUAAGCGCAAAUACGCUGUGAUCUGAACCCCCAUUUUAUUGAAGCAAAUCAUCCCCAAAUAACCCUCCACUACAGUUCAGUUUACAAAGUUGGCUCAAGGUGGUUACGUGUGUAAUGAUGUGGUGUCGUUUGUUUUACAUGAGCUUUGUGAACACACGUUCAGCCCCAGCCCCAGGUACUGCCCCAGGUACUGUCCCAGGUACUGCCCCAGGUACUGCCCCAGGUACUGCCCCAGGUACUGUCCCAGGUACUGCCCCAGGUACUGCCCCAGGUACUGUCCCAGGUACUGCCCCAGGUACUGCCCCAGGUACUGUCCCAGGUACUGCCCCAGGUACUGCCCCAGGUACUGCCCCAGGUACUGCCCCAGGUACUGUCCCAGGUACUGCCCCAGGUACUGCCCCAGGUACUGCCCCAGGUACUGUCCCAGGUACAGCCCCAGGUACUGCCCCAGGUACUGUCCCAGGUACUGCCCCAGGUACUGCCCCAGGUACUGUCCCAGGUACAGCCCCAGGUACUGCCCCAGGUACUGUCCCAGGUACUGCCCCAGGUACUGUCCCAAGUACUGCCCCAGGUACUGCCCCAGGUACUGUCCCAGGUACAGCCCCAGGUACUGCCCCAGGUACUGCCCCAGGUACUGUCCCAGGUACUGCCCCAGGUACUGCCCCAGGUACUGCCCCAGGUACUGCCCCAGGUACUGCCCCAGGUACUGCCCCAGGUACUGUCCCAGGUACUGCCCCAGGUACUGUCCCAGGUACUGCCCCAGGUACUGUCCCAAGUACUGCCCCAGGUACUGCCCCAGGUACUGUCCCAGGUACUGCCCCAGGUACUGCCCCAGGUACUGUCCCAGGUACUGCCCCAGGUACUGUCCCAGGUACUGCCCCAGGUACUGUCCCAGGUACUGCCCCAGGUACUGUCCCAGGUACUGCCCCAGGUACUGCCCCAGGUACUGCCCAAGGUACUGUCCCCAUCUCCCUGUUUUUCUCUAUCUGUCUUAUGGGUGUUGUGUAGUCAAACUUCCUUCUGAGCAGUGCAUCAGACUGCUACCACCUAUGUGUGUGUGUGCGUGUGCGCGCACGUAUGUACGUGAGUGUGUUUGUGUGUUAGUUCAUAGUAUCCUCACUGACAUUGCGACCUGCCAUUUUCGAAAUAAAUUAUCCAGAAUGUU